CAUGACCACUGUGCAUGAGAGUCAGCAGGGUCAUAUCAACCACGCUGUUCAAGAUGUGAUCUGCGGUACAUUGCAUGUGUGCACGUAUACGCACUGGUCUGCAAGAUGGCGUUCUCUUUCCGGAAGCAGUGUAUUCUUAAUCCUCUUCUUCAUUGGGUUGAUGUCAGUGACGAUCCUGGUCACUCAGAGUGGCUACUGUCCAGAAGGAGGGUCUACAUCCAGAGACAAGAAUAUGGUCAUCGAUCAAGGAUGCGCAUUCACCGGAGCCAAGAAGCCUUACGGCACUACCGGGCCUGGACCAAAGGACAACGUCACCUCCCCAUAGACGAGGAGAAUACCAUCCCCGGAGAAGACGAUGUCUCCUUGAUGCGUAACCGGGCGUGGUCCCAGAAACAGCAUCCUCUCCGAAUAUACCAGAAACCUGAUGUGCUCAAACAAGAGGAUGAUGUACUGCGGCUGUAUAGGGCACGGUUAAAUAAACAGGUUCUUCCAAAAGACCAACAGAGUGGCAACUUCAAAAAGGAAGACGGGGUCGUCAACAAGAUCAGCAUCAACUCCACGAACAAUCAAAGAUGGGCGAGCUCAACCGACGGACUUUGCACUCCACGUAAGGACAUUGCUUUCGUCAAGAUGCACAAGUGCAGCAGCACCACCGUUCAGAACAUCUUGUUCCGUUACGGGGAGCGGCACGCGUUGGACUUUGUUUUGCCGCCAAUUCACAACAUCCUGGGACGGACGUUCUUUGACAAGAGGUCCAUGAUACGGUUCCCGGUGGAGGACUACAACAUCCUUUGCCACCAUACUCGCUUUAGUGCCACAGGAUUUGCAGAAGUCAUGUCACCGAAUGCCGUAUACACAACCAUUCUGCGCGACCCUGUCCGAAUGUACGAGUCGUCGUUCACUUACAACGACAUAGCUUUUCGGUUCAACCUUUCUCCAGAAAGGGGACUGGAGCAGUUUAUGCAGAUGCCCCUGUACUUCUACAACCGAAAUAUUUACACCAACUCGUACGUGAAGAACCCGAUGUUGUUCGACUUGGGACUGUCAGACUCGGAUCAGUUCAGCCCGAGCAAAAUCCACCAGAAAAUUCUGGAACUGACUGAACGGUUUGACUUAGUCAUGAUCACGGAAUAUUUUGACGAGUCCUUGAUCCUCCUGCGGCACUUGAUGUGCUGGGAAAUUGACGACAUGGUUUAUUUCGUUCUGAACGCUCGCAGUAAGUCCUCAGUGCCGACAUUGUCGCCAGACUUGGAAGAGAAAAUACGGGAUUGGAACGCAGGAGACGUGAAACUCUACGACGUCUUCAACCAGACGUUUUGGAAGAGAGUUGAAGCAUUUGGGACAGAGAGGCUGUACGAGGAAGUGAACACAUUGCGGGAGCGAAUUCUAUUCUUCCGCAAUUACUGCAUCGCGAGAGUGGUCGAUGACGAUUUACGCGUCUGGCACCCAUACGGGAUCAAGAUUGACAGCUUCAAGUUGAAGCCCGAUGUCCGACAAGACCCACAAUGCAGCAGGAUGAUACGGCCAGAACUGCCCUAUACACAGGCCCUAAGGGUCACUCAGCUACGGAGGUACAAUAUGGUCAAAUCUAUUGAUUUGAUGACAUAGGUGCAAAAAAAAAAUCACAGGUAUAAAACUAAAGUAUUCAGAACUCUUUGUUAGUGUUGGAGUACUCGUACUCGAGUACAACUUGAGUACAGUCGCAAGUACUCGGCCCGCACUCGACUAUCAGUACUCAAACUUAUUUGGACUCGGCCCGUACUUGAUUCUUUGUACUCAAAUUUUGGCACAGACUGGUUGGUUUGGACUCAGUACUCGACUCCAGUACUCGGGAGUAAAAAAAAAAAAUCACAGGUAUAAAAUUAAGUAUUCAGAACUCUUUGUCAGUGUUGGAGUACUCGUACUCGAGUUACACGCAAGUACUCAACCCGUACUUGACUAUCAGUACUCGAAAAUUAUUUGGACUCAAAUUUUGGCACGGACUCGUUGGUUUGGACUCAGUACUCAACUCCAGUACUCGGGAAUACAAAUUGAGUACAUUUCUUUUUAAUCCAUUCCAUAUCUCGGAAUACAAGUACUCUUACUCAGUACCCUAGGUACUCGGCAGUACUCGGUACUCGGAAAAAACGUACUUGACUACACCAGUACUGUUAUAAUUUAGAUUUCAAAUAAAAAGGAAUUGAAUUAAUUGAAUAUGAAUUUAAAACUUUAACACACUCUCAAUUUCAUUUUCCUUGUAUGAUGUACCAUUGUACACUGGAGUAUAAGGCAUACUGCCAUGAGAUAGCCCAAAGAGAUAUCCAGUUGUAAUGAUAAUACCCACUGGAAAUAUUUGAUGAACAUUUUGUGUGUGUGUAUUUAUGCGGAAGAACAAUGCAAUAUAAUUUAUUAGUAGUAAUAUAUAGAUUAUAAUACCAGUAUUAUGGAAUAUAGUGUUUGGGAUUAAUAUGUUAUAUAUUUAUAAGUUUAUUAGAUUUUUGUGAUACGUGAAACAAUUUGUUUUUUAAAAUCAUAGUCAUGACUAGGCCUAUUACAUGUACAUGUAAUGAAUAUUUAUAAUGUGCCGGUAUUGGCCAGAGAGUGAUUCUCAGGGUGCAACACAAAAGCAAAGCGUAUCGAAAUGACCUAAAGAAAAAGAAGAAAACGAAAAGGAAAUUUAAAAAAAAAAUUAUUUCGGUGUGAAUUUUUGUACAUGUAUGUAUUGUCUUCAAUUCACAAGUUAUCUUAAAGUAUUUUGAUGAUCAGCUUAUAUGUUAUUAUCAAUCCAAAUGUAUCCAGUGAAUUUGAGGUGUGCUAUUCAUAAUUAAAAACUAUUUUUUGGGGCAAUAUUGGUUUAUUUCUAUUCAAACGGCUGAGAAAAAGUAAGAACAUUUGGAUGGGAUAAUAAAACCUAUAUCCAAAUGGAUUUUGUAGUUACAUGUAGAUUA